CCAGCCGGGUUUCCUGAUUGGCGCUGGCCUGCAGCGCCACAAUGCUCCUACCUCAUCCUACCUCUAUAUCUCUGGUCUGGCUUCUGAUUUGUAACCUCAAAAUUAUCGAUCUUGUCAAAUGAUAAAUGAUGCAAGUUGAAGGAAUAUAAACAAAAAUAGUUUUUUUUUAUCAAAAAAUGGAUGAAUCAAAAGGAACUCCUGAGAGCGAGUUCAGUAUAGAAUGUUUUCAAAACUACACAGCCCCAGAAGUAUUUAUACAGGGUUUAGCAGGUAUAGUCGACCAACAAGAUGUCGAAGCAAUGAUAAGAGCUCAGAAACAAAUGCUACAAAGAUUCGAAAAAACUAAUGAAAUGUUAACAAACUGUAAUGCUUUGAGUGCAUCAAGACUAAAAACUAUAGGACCUGAGUUUAAGAAACAUAUACAACUUUUACUAGAAAUGAAGAAAGAUUUGGAUUAUAUAUUUAAGAAAAUCAGAGCUAUUAAAACAAAACUAGCAGCACAGUACCCUGAAGCUUUUGCUGAAGCUGUUCGAAGUAGUUAUGCUGAAGAAUGUGCAGAGGAGGAAUCAAAAGAAGUAUCAGGAAAAAAAGAUAAUAGAAGAAGUUUACAUAUUAAAAGUGAGGUUGAAGCGUGCAAUUCAGGGGAACAAUCAAGAAGAGCUUCAAAAUAAUGUGUAUUUUUGUAAAUAUCUGUAUAUUUUAAUUAACUUAAGCUGUAUUUUAACAAUAAUUAUAUAUUAGACAAUUAAUAUAAUCUUUUAUUCUA